CGCUCUGGCCCCAGAGGAACCGGCGGUCGCUCGGCGGGGUGCGCCCGGUGGCCCAGGGGACGGACUCCCGGCAGCCCCCGCAGCCCGGAGUCCAGCCCGCCUCCUCCGGCCCGGCGGGCCCGACAAGUCCCGAGGGGCUGUCGCGGGAGCCCCCAGGUUUCCCCAGAUGCCAAGUCACCGCUUCUUUUCCUUCCAAAAGACCGUCGGUGGGCACCCUGGCCAUGGAGUCCACAGCAGAGCCUGUUAUGUUCAGGGAGUUCUGCCCUUUGUACUACCUCCUCAACGCCAUUCCCACGAAGAUCCAGAAGGGUUUCCGCUCUGUGGCGGUCUACCUGACGGCCCUCGACAGCAGCGGCGACUACAUCGCUGUGGGCAGCAGCACCGGCAUGCUCUACCUGUACUGCCGGCGCCUGGGCCAGAUGAGGAAGUACAACUUCGAGGGAAAAAUGGAGUCCAUCACGGUGGUGAAGCUGCUGAGCUGCUUUGAUGACCUGGUGGCCGCAGGCACCGCCUCGGGGAGGGUCGCAGUUUUCCAGCUGGUGUCCUCGCUGCCUGGGAGAAACAAGCAGCUUCGGAGAUUUGAUGUCAUGGGCGUUCACAGAAGCAGCAUCACAGCCCUGGCGUGGAGCCCCAAUGGGAUGAAACUGUUCUCUGGGGACGACAAAGGGAAAAUUGUCUAUUCUUCUCUGGAUCUGGACCAGGGCGUCUGCAACUCCCACCUGGUGCUGGAAGAGCCGUCCGCGAUUGUGCAGCUGGACUACAGCCAGAAGGUGCUGCUGGUGUCCACCUUGCAGAGAAGCCUGCUGUUUCACACUGAAGAGCAGUCUGUCAAGCAGGUCGGAGCCCAGCCCAGGAAGAGCACUGGGAAGUUUGGUGCUUGUUUUAUACCAGGACUUUGUAAGCAAAGCGACCUGACCUUGUACGCAUCUCGGCCGGGGCUCCGGCUGUGGAAGGCUGACGUCCAUGGGGCGGUUCAGGCCACGUUCAUCCUAAAGGACACCUUCGCUGCGGGAGUCAAACCUUUCGAGCUGUACCCACGUCUGGAACCCUUCGACAGGGGACGCGUCGGCCUGCCUGAGAAACACCUGGGGCUCGUUUCCUGUUUCUUCCAAGAAGGCUGGGUGCUGAGUUGGAAUGAGUAUAGUAUUUACCUUCUGGACACCAUCAACCAGGCCACGAUUGCUGGUUUGGAAGGAUCAGGUGAUAUUGUGUCUGUUUCCUGCACCGAAAAUGAGAUAUUUCUCCUAAAGGGAGAUAGGAACAUCAUAAGAAUUUCGAGCAGACCGGAAGGACUAGCGUCGAUAGUGCGAGAUGGUCUGGAGACACCAGGAUGCACAGAGCAAGGCCCUGCGCAGCGUGCGGAGCGGCCUCCAGGGGCCACAGUCUGCGAGGCGAGGCUCAGAGGCGCUUCCGUGGCCAGCGAGCCCAGGAGCCGGAGCAGCUCACUCAACUCCACCGACAGCAGCUCCGGGCCCCAGGCGGCACCGGAGCUGGGCAGGGGCAGCCCGCCCACCUCGCACAGGUUCAGUGUCAUUAGCUCAGAAGACUUUGACCAGGAGCUCGUGGUGAAGCCUCUCAAAGUGAAAAAGAAAAAGAGGAAGAAGCGGGCAGAAGGUGGAAGCAGUAACGCCUGGCACAGUUCCCUUGAGUCGACUCCCUGCUGUGAGUUUCCUGGUGACAGUCCCCAGUCCUUAAACACAGACCUGCUGUCUGUGGCCUCAAGUCUGGGCAGCAUCGCGGAUCAGUUAGGCACAGAGUCCCCUGACCUGGAGAGCAACCUCAGUGGCGAGGUGAACGGUGUCCUGCAGGACAACAGUGACCCUGAAGCAUUUAGUGUCCUGGAGGUUCCUGAGCCCACCCCUGACUUACUCAGGGAAGAUGACAAUAGAAUGGAAAUCCCACGGUGGAACCAGGCAGGUGAGACGGAGCCGGAGCCGCGCAGCGAGCUGUUGAGUUUACCGUUGCAGCCGAGGAACGACGUGGAAGGUGGUGACAUCACAGAACCCGAAGCGGAGCCUUGUCCUGCGGACGAUGGACCCAGUAGCAGACAGUCACCUUGCCAAGAACAGGACAGCUCUGCUGAGGCCCAGGAGGCGGGGGCCCUGGAGCCUGAGUAUGCCCAAAACAUGUUGCGUGAAGCCCCUCUCCUGGAUUUGCCCCCAGUGCCUUCCAGCCUCAGCUGGGCCCCCAGUGCUGAGCGGUGGCCGCUGGAGACCAGAGCUGACCCAGGUGGCACCGAGGACGCUGGCCAAGAGCAGAGCCUCCUGGCGCCCCUGGAGGCUCCCAGCCACCUCGGCUCAGAGCCCUGGCAUGCUGUCACUGAUGACGACACAGGCCACAGAGCCAUGGCUGCUUCCAAAUGUGACUUGGGGAGCAUGGGCGGACGACAGACUCCCCUGGCUGUUGCCUUGGUGGCCAGCACCCACAAGCCUCGCCUCGAGCACCCCUCACGAGAUCAAGUGUUGACGUCCAGCGACGAGGAGGACAUCUACGCCCACGGGCUGCCCUCUUCGUCCUCGGAGGCGAGCGUGACAGAGCUUGGAGGCGGUCGCUCCCUGCAGGACCUGAGCCAGCCAGCCACAGAGGACGCGGGGCUAUUGAAGUCAGAUCAGUUUGCAGAGAGCUGGAUGGGCUACUCUGGCCCCGGCUACGGCAUCCUCAGCCUGGUAGUCUCCGAGAAGUACAUUUGGUGCCUGGACUACAAAGGCGGCCUCUUCUGCAGCGCGUUGCCAGGCGCCGGGCUGCGCUGGCAGAAGUUUGAAGACGCCGUCCAGCAGGUGGCAGUCUCGCCCUCAGGGGCCCUCCUCUGGAAGAUCGAGCAGAAGUCUAACCGAGCUUUUGCUUGUGGCAAAGUGACCAUCAAGGGCAAGCGGCACUGGUACGAGGCGCUGCCCCAGGCUGUGUUUGUGGCACUGAGUGACGACACCGCCUGGGUCAUCAGGACAAACGGAGACCUGUACCUGCAGACAGGUCUCAGCGUGGACCGCCCCUGCGCCAGAGCCACAAAGGUCGACUGUCCGUACCCGCUGUCCCAGGUGACGGCCCGCAACAGCGUGGUGUGGGCGCUGACGGAGCAGAGGGCCCUCCUGUACCGGGAGGGCGUGAGCAGCUUUUGUCCAGAAGGGGAGCGGUGGAAAUGCGACAUCGUCAGCGAAAGGCAAGCUUUGGAGCCCGUCUGCAUAACCCUCGGGGACCAGCAGACACUGUGGGCGCUGGACAUCCGCGGAAGCCUGUGGUUCCGGACCGGCAUCGUCUCCAAGAAGCCCCAGGGGGACGACGAGCACUGGUGGCAGGUGAGCAUCACGGACUACGUGGUAUUCGACCAGUGCAGCCUGUUCCAGACCAUCAUGCAUGCCACCCACUCAGUGGCCACAGCAGCCCAGGUGCCCGUGGAAAAGGUGGCAGAUAAACUGCGCAUGGCGUUUUGGUCUCAGCAGCUUCAGUGCCAGCCGAGCCUUCUUGGGGUCAGCAACAGCGGCGUCUGGAUCUCCUCGGGCAAGAAUGAGCUCCAUGUCGCCAAAGGGAGUCUCAUUGGCACUUACUGGAGCAGCGUCAUUCCCCGGGGCACAGCCUCCGCAACAAAGUGGGCCUUCGUGCUGGCCUCUGCUUCGCCCACAAAGGAAGGAAGCUCCCUGUGGCUGUGCCAGGGCAGCAAGGACCUGUGCACCGUCAGCGCCCAGCACGCUCAGUCCCGCCCGUCCACCGUGCAGCUGCCCCCCGACGCCGAGAUGAGGGCCUACGCCGCCUGCCAGGAUGCACUCUGGGCGCUGGACAGCCUGGGCCAGGUGUUCAUCAGGACGCUGUCCAAGAGCUGCCCCACCGGCAUGCACUGGACGCGGCUGGACCUCUCCCAGCUAGGAGCGGUAAAACUGACCAGCUUGGCGUGUGGAAAUCAGCACGUGUGGGCCUGUGAUUCCCGGGGAGGCGUGUACUUCCGCGUGGGAACCCAGCCUCUAAACCCCAAUCUCAUGCUUCCAGCCUGGAUAAUGAUCGAGCCACCCGUCCAGCCUGCCGGGCUCGCCUUGGUCAGCGUCCACUGCAGCCCCAACGACCAGAUGCUGUGGGCGCUGGACAGCAGGUACAACGUGCACGUCCGCCUGGGGAUCACCGAGGAGAUGCCAGUGGGGACCGAGUGGGAGCACGUGCCAGGGUUGCAGGCCUGCCAGCUGGCGCUCAGCACCCGGACCGUGUGGGCCCGCUGCCCCAACGGCGACCUCGCCCGGCGCUAUGGCGUCACCGACAAAAACCCCGCCGGAGACUACUGGAAGAAAGUCCCUGGGAGCGCAACGUGCCUCGCAGCGACCUCCUCAGACGAGCUGUGGGCCGUGGGCCCCCCUGGCUGCCUCCUCCAGCGGCUGACGAAGACUUUCAGCCACUCGCACGGUGCCCAGAGCAGCCAGGCUACCGCCGCCCACCCUGAGGACCUGGAGGACGAGUGGGAGGUCAUCUGAAGCCGCUGCAGCCGCGCAGCCGCUCAGGACGGAGGAAGCGGAGGCGAGCGGCGGACCGACGGUUUCUGAGCAGCUCGCUCUCGGACACGCCUCACCGACUGCGGCCCAGACAUGCCCGGCCACGGCGGACGCCCACACUUGCUUUCAUCCAUGUUUGCUUCCACCUUGUCCUGGAACCCACAGCCUCAGCCAAUCGGCCGCAGCCAUCGCUGAGGUGGCAGCACCUCUGGGCCCGGGCGGCUAUCUCCGUGCGGGGACAGUGGCUGCCGCCAGGUGUGCGCGCCGCAGCGGCUUGUGUGUUGCAGUCUCGUCCUCAGCUCUCGGCACUGACCGCGCCUGGUCCCCCGGGACGGCACGGGGGGCCGCCCGUGCUCUCCCACCACCGACUGUCCCCGUGGUGGCCCGCUGCCGCCUCUGAGAGACACAGGUGCCGGCACACAUUCCAUGCCAGACACCCAGGGCCCCCAGGCCAUGGGUGAGAGGUGGGUGCUGCGCGUGCCGGAAGGGAACCACGCCACACACGCUGCGGCACGCCCAGGCCAGGCACGCUCGCCGCUGGAGAGCGCCCCUCAGCCACAGCGCUCCGGCCCGUGGGCGGGA